GGGCUCAUCUAUUGAACAUAUUAAUAGUGAUGCACUGAAAUAAGCCAUCUAAAUAGUUCUACUUCUAAUGCGAAAAGUUAAAAAAUCGUGUGUGUUGUUUUUAUUUUGUAACAGUGUCUUUUUCUGUUUAAAAUAUUAAAAUGCCGCCGGCUAAAGAUCAUGUUUCUUGUGGUAUUUCUUAUCAUAAUAUAAAUGACAUAUAUGAUGCACUGAGUAGUGCAUCUGCAUCAGGGUAUGGCUUUAUAGUAGCUCCAAUAGUACAUCCUCGAUUCAGGAGAGAAUUUUUGGAUGGUAAAGCAAGAAAUCGCUCAGGUGCUUUUACUCGCUCUGAUCUUGUUCUGAGCUCUCAAGAUUGGAGCACAUUAGUUGUUGGAAGAAUUUCCUCUUGGAUUGAUUUAGAUUCGUCUGUAUAUAGUAUUCGAAGAAACUCAGAAAAAGCUCUAGAUCAAGAACUGAAUUAUGCAGCUCAUUUGAGUCUACCAGCUGUUUUGGUGACACCUAGCAGCUCCAACUGUAUUAAUUUGGCUCGACACAUUUAUACCAAAGUUUUAGGAUCCUCUGGUCAUCAGCCUAACUAUAACGUAUGGGUGUAUGUACCUAUGAGAUCUGCUGCUGAUGAAUCAAAAGUAUUCUUCAAUAAUGUAACUAAUGGUGAUGGUGAUAGUAAACUUAAGGAUUUAGAAGAUAGUAACGAAUCUACUACAGAUACUUGGGAGUGGUGGAACACUUUUAGAAGUGUAUGUGGCACUGAUAAAAAGAUAGGCUUAGUUUUGGAAUUGAGUGAGAAUUUGCCAACUUACUGUGAGAUUGAGAGAUGGCUUGGUGAGCCUGUGCGAUGUAUUUUCAUUAAGACUUCGUGUUUCACACUAAACAAAAAGAAUUACCCAGUUCUUCCUCGUCCUCACCAAAAUCUUUUGAAAAAGUUUUUUAAACUGGAUGUCCAAGUUGUAAUUUCUGGUAGCUGCAAGCAUGGAGAUAUGAGAUUUUAUCAGUCAUAUCUGGAUCAUUUAUGGACAAAUCAAGAGCCUGUGGAUGCACUGUCUAAUUUUGCGAAAGGUUAUGAAGAUUAUUUACAGAUCCCUUUGCAACCAUUAAUGGAUAAUUUAGAAUCCUGCACUUAUGAGAUAUUUGAAAAGGAUCCAACCAAGUAUACUGAAUAUCAAAAAGCUAUAUAUAAUGCUCUUCUUGAUAGGGUGUCAGAAGAAGAAAAAGAAACUAAAACAUCUGUCAUAAUGGUUGUUGGAGCUGGAAGAGGACCCUUAGUGCGAGCAGCAAUUGCUGCUGCUAAAAAUGCUGAUAGAUUAGUUAAAGUCUACGCAGUUGAAAAAAAUCCAAAUGCAAUAGUUACGUUGUUUGCACAGCAGUAUGAAAUGUGGGGUGAGCAAGUAACUGUAGUCCCCUGUGAUAUGAGAGAUUUUAAGCCAUCAGAAAAGGCUGAUAUUAUAGUUUCAGAGCUGUUGGGAUCAUUUGGUGAUAAUGAAUUGUCACCUGAAUGCUUGGAUGGAGCACAGAAAUUUUUGAAAGACGAUGGAAUUAGUAUACCCUGUAGUUAUACAAAUUACGUUACUCCAGUAAGUGCUCCAAAACUGUACAGUGAAAUAGCUCAGAUGAGGGAAAAAGACAAAGGACCAUUGGCUUUUUUUGAAAUGCCAUACGUUGUUCACUUACACAAUCAUACAGCACUUUCUGUUCCUCAAUCUCUGUUCUCAUUUUCUCAUCCAAACAAUGUUGAAGUUCCUGAUAAUGCAAGAUACGGAAAGCUAACUUUUGACGUUCCAUAUAACAGCACAAUUCAUGGCUUUGCUGGUUAUUUCGACACUGUUUUGUAUAAAGAUAUCACAUUAAGUAUUCUUCCUAAUUCUCAUUCAACAGGAUUGUUUAGUUGGUUUCCAAUUUUUUUCCCUCUAAAAGAUCCUAUACACGUGACAACAAAUCAACAGCUUGAAGCUCACUUCUGGAGAUGUGUUUCUCCGCGCCAAGUGUGGUACGAAUGGUUGGUAACUAAACCCUCCAUAGGAACAUUGCAUAAUCCCAAUGGAAGGUCAUAUACCAUAGGAUUGUAAACAGCCACCAAGUGAUAUUCCAUAUGCAUUUAUUGUGUAGCAAAGCAGCAUGUGAUACAUUCAUUUUGUUCAUCCUAAUUUCUGUUCGAUUUUUUUAAGCAUUAAGUCAGUUGCAAAAAACCUGUAUUCUCAAUCCCCCCCCCCCCCCCCCCCCNCCCCCGGCCCCGGAAGCGAGAUUUUUAUAAAUAAAUACAUACAAGUCUGAUACCAUGUCUCUUUCA